UGUUUAGAGGGAUAAGAAAAUUGAUUGGUGCUUAUCUGGAAUGUGGGUCGUCAAUCUUUCAAGACGAGCCAGAUCACUCAAUACUCUGAAGGUGCAUUUGAAGACUUAAGUGGUGGUAUAAUUGCGGAGAGCAUUCAAAAUUUCUCCAGAUGAGCCAUUCUGACGUGGUUCUUCAAAACCUGCUUUAUUUUCACAAGGAAGCCAGUAAAAAUAGACGAAGAAUUCAAUGUCGACGCAUAGUUCGACCACCGAAGCAGUGCACUGUGCAUCGCUCAAUUUCUUUCCCGGAUGUUUGGACUGCGCUCCUAGCCAUAAAAUGAGGUGACGUCCAGUUCCGAUAUUCGUUGUAAAGACAAGUUUAACUUCCUACUUAGUCUCUCAUCUUCUUUUUGCAGCGCAGAUGGCAAGACUCCGACGGCAGUAUGUGGAAGGGCAAUGAAUGCAAAAUUUUGUUGUGAAAAGAAAAUUACGAUCCUAAUGAUUUCAGACAUUCAGUUUACUGCAUCUUUCAGAUGAUAAAAAGACCCCUGCACACAACACUCUGUUGGCAGGAGUAUGACAUAGAGACACGUAUGUAGGCAUCAAGAUGGUUUCGUGAAAUGAUUAUGACCAGAUAUAGUGAUCGUACACGUCAACGAGCUUUACAAGAGCUGAGAAACGCCUCUUUUACACCAUAAGCUUAAGUUCAAGGUGGAUUUCUACGAACAAUACGACAAGAUAAGACUCUGUCGUAAUCACUUAACAAAGCCGCGUCUACUAGAUGGACAAAAAGCCCAUAGAUAAUACGAAGCACUGGCUUGUCUAAAGAUUUUCAUUACGGCUGAUAAUCUGUCGUUUUUCGCUCUGAGAGGAGAAAUCGACGAAAUAUUUAGUGAUUGGAGCAUCUGUGCUGAGAGCGUCGUACAUCCACGGUAUCCAACACAUAGAAACAAUCACCUCAUGGUAUGCCAUGUAUACAAAACCGCAUGGUGACUCUCGCAUCACACAGAUGAUCGCAUAAGUAUCGCAAGUCACGAAUAUUUUGACCACGUCUUUCGGCACAGAUUUGGACAUUUUCUAACAGACUAAAUGUGAUAAUGGAAUGCAAAGAGAUUAAAUAAAUGAUUCAAGGUAAUGAGUGAGGUUAUAAGAUGAUUUGGUCAAGUAUCAGUCUCUCGUGUUCGAAUUUUGCAAGUGUAUGGAUAAUGUACCAAUUGGCGCAAGGGUGUCCAUCCACCCGCUACUCGCGACUGGAAUUGAAAGCGCCAUAAUCCAGCCAUGUACUGUACAUAUAGAAGUACAUGCUUUGUAUCACUGCGUCAAUAAUCAAGCGGCAACGACACAUCAUCAUAUUAUCUGCUCGAUGGGGAGCCAAAAGAAUUGUGCUCAAAAGCGGCUGGUACAAGCAAUUCCUUGUGUGCGUUCAAAUGAGACCGUAGUUCGCACAGAUAUAUAUACCCCACAUACAAUCCAUGUGUGUCCACAUGGUGGUGUGUGCUCUUGGUAUUUAUUGUAUCUAAAUACUAUGUUCGAUGAUGGAUCAUGUGAAGGAAGUACAAUACGUUGUAUGAUCACGGAAGUGUGUGAGUACUUGUACAAUCUGACGCUUUUUAGCUGUUUACGGCUCGGACGUACAUAAUGAUGACACAUUGCUUUUUCUCCUUCUUACUAAUACUUUAUGUACAGUACGCAAUUUCUCCCCCUUUUUACUGACAGUAUCGUGUUUAUUCUCUCAAACAUGUACAGUUCCAGUAUUGGUACUGUACCCCAGUAGGGUUGCAAACUAUUAGUACAGUCGAAGGUCGACUCUUCUACGUCUCGACGAACCAAGAAUCAGUCUGGAUGAAUCAAAAGAAAGUGAAGAACGUAAUAGGCGGGAGAAGGGAUCUAGUGCGAAGAAUAUGUAAAGCAAGACUAUUCCAUCACUGAGUCAUAGUGAGCCAAGCAUUACACGCUUCAAAAAGAUUUAAUUUGAACGUGAUUUUUCUGACGGAUGGUAGAUCACAUAAAUACUUUAGCCAAGUGAAAGGAUUUGACACUUGCUUAAAGAAUGUGUCUGGUAUUUCGUCUAGACAGAAUAUAGUGUCGUCUCUGCGAGUGAUUAUCACGAUUUCUCUGGUGGCAAAUCCUGUUUAAAACUCUUGCCAGUCGCCACAGCUGCUACGACCAACACGUCAAGGUACAAUUCCUCACUUUCUCACUUAGCAAAACACCACCCCACAAGCAAUCUCUUCACUUGAUCAAGUAAACG